AUGCUAGUACAAUGUAUGUUGUGUGCAAAACAAGGUACGGGUAGUAGUUCCGGCUACCUGUACUUGAGAUCUACAGUAUCCGACCGUUACAAGGUAUUCCUCGACUUCUUCAACCUCUCGACCUGGUUGAUUCCCCGAGCAUACAUACCCAAACUGUCACCGAAUAUGGUCAAAACAUUGUUCGAACACUCAAACCUAAACCAGUACAACUACUCGUCUAGAUGAAGAAUCUACUAUAAUAUUGGGUAACAUGUUGUGGGUAUAUUAUGUUGAAGGUAUAGCUGCUAGUUAUUCAUGUCUAUACUAACUACUUGAAUAUGUUGUGUAGUGCAUAUGUGUACAAGUAUUGUAGAAUAAACGUUCGAAAUAAAGUUUUAUAACUUAAUUGAAAAACAAAAAUUGACAGUUAAUAAGAAUGGAAGUUGGUGGAAGAUUUGUAAUGUAUUUUGCACUGAAAAUCUUCCUGGAGGACUUUCCAACAUCUUCUCGGUUCCAUUGGCGGGCGAUCUCCUUUGGUCAGAUUCAAAACAUAUCAAUACUGAUUUCGAGCCGAAUACCAUCCGAGGUGUCAGUGUUUGUUUCAGUGAGAAGGCUGUUCAGGAUACGUGCAAAAGGCUGAACUUGGACUUUAUUAUACUAGCUCAUCAGGUAUGGUAGUUUACAGUAGGUAGGGGGAGGUAGUGUAGGGUACGGUAAGAAAGUGUAUGUUUUGAUACAUAAUAGAACAUUUUUUAGGUUAUGUACAAUGGCUACUCGUUUUUCGCAGGCGUGAAGAUGAUUACAGUGUUCUCGUGCCCACGUUGUGCUUUGGUAAGUUUUUUUUAUUUGCACGGUGCAGUCAUUUUGUAAAUAUUGUUAUUCUUUCUGAUGCUAUCGAAGUAAAAAUUGUUUUAGUAGCUUUUUAUGACACCAGGGCAAAAGUUAUGGCAACAUUUGUUACCUAAAAAUACUAUCAACCACACAGUGCAAAAAAAGUUGGAAUCCUGCACGGUGCAAUUGGGAUUUUACCUUUUUGGUUUUAAAUAUGGCUAAAAUACGGUUUUCAAUAAAAAACAUGGAAAACUUUCUUUACAAAUCAAAAAAUGGCAAGAACUUUGUUUACAAAACUAAAAACUAACCAUUUUCAGGACAGUAAGGCAGCAGUGAUGGUGAUAACCAAGAAGAAAGAGAUGGGAUUCGCAUUCCUCGGCCCAAAUAAAAGCGACAAGCUCAGUACUGAUAAGGAAUUUAAAGAAAAGUUUGGUUAUCUGGACAAACUUCAGCAAGCCGAAGACAUUGGAGGACCUCCGAAUCCGGAUCGGUCCGAAGACACGAAGGGCAAUGAUUCCAAUUCAGCCUCGUUAAACGACUCCCCUAAGCCUAAGGAAGUGAAGAAGGAAGUAAAGCCGACCAAAAAGGCUAAACACAAAAGUGGCAAAUUGGGCAAAUGA